AUGUCCGAAGAUAUCAGUGUGACUUUUAUAAUACCGAAAGAGUGUGUUACAGAAAAUGAUUGCUCUGAAGAAAUGAAGCUUGCUUUUACCGCAUGUGAACAGCACAGUGGUGGAGGCCUUAAAGCCCAAUGGGUUCAUGAAGAUAAUUGGACCAAAUUUGAUGGUUUGACUAAGAAGGAUGUUUUUGUUCUAUCUGAAUUUAAAGGGGAGUUAUAUAAUAAAUUAAAAACCACAAAGUGCCUGUUAGUGGGACCUCGAUGUUUGUCAUGUUCUUUGGUAGAGGGAACACCCAUACCUAAAGGACCUGAACCAGUCUUCACAGUCGCUAUGAGAGGCCUAGUGAUUACUGCUAGUGGAUUAACUAAAUCAAAAAAGGAGAAUAUAAAACAAAAAGUGCACUGGAUGGGCGGUUUAUACAAUACUGUUCUGACGGAUGAAACCACACAUCUGGUAUCUGACACAGUACUUUCUGACAAAUAUAUUAAAUCAGUUGAGAAAGGUAUUCCAAUAAUGCAUGAGAAUUGGAUUGAAGCAGUAUGGGAGGCAUCACUGAAGCUCAAUAUCAGUGGUUCUUCGUCAGAUUUCGACUGUCACCAUCUACCCGCCUUUGCUAAUCUCCAAGUCACAACUUCCGGGAUCUCUAAGAAGGAGAAACAGAUGAUCAUGAAGCUAGUUAACGAGAACGGGGGAAUGUUCUCUGGCGCGUUUCAGAGUGAGACCACUGAUGUCGUGGUGUUGACCAAAGAGGGGAUAGGCGGCGAGAAGUAUAAGGCGGCGAUGGAGUAUGGUAAGGCUUGUGUUCUACCCGCUUGGGUGAAGGACUCAGUGGGUAAAGGCGUGGCGUUGCCAAUAGCCAAGUAUAAAGUGACGGGCGCCUCCACUUCCUCGCCGUUUGCGGAGCAUCGGUUGCCCGAUAUGAGCUUGAACUUCUCACGGAUAACAAAUGUGAGGCCGCCAAGCAACUUCGUAGACGAAACAAGAUCUGUGGAUAUGUCGACACUAUCAGGCAGGGCAAAGUUGUCUCAAGAGAGUAAGAAGUCAAAUGAAUUCUCUACAAUGGACAAAGAUAUUUUGGCGGAGUUUGAAAAGUUUGAUAUGAGUUGUAUAAAGAAGGCUGGCCCUAUCUUUGAUGGAUUUUGUAUUUGGCUGACGGGUGUGGAGGGCGUAUGCCGCGAGCGCGCGGCGGCGUGCGUGUCGCGCUGCGGCGGCGUGCGGUACGACCGCGCGCACGAGCGCGUCACGCACGCGGCGUGCGGCACGCGUGCGGCGGCGGCGGCGGCCGCGCGCGCACUGCCCGCCGUGCCCGCGCUGCACGCGCUCUGGCUGCUGCGCAGCGUCGAGGCACAGCGUGCGCUGCCCGAAGCCGAUUUCUUAAUAGACGUGAAUCCAGCGACCCCGGCUAAGUCAAGCGCACGCAAAGCGCACGUCGAACCCGCGUCCCCCAUGAGCAAGCGGAACCUGCAACUACUGCGCCACGUGCCGCUGGAUUUGCCGCCACCCACACCGGAACUGCCCGAGCCUCAGGACGACCUCGUCAACCAUUACUUGAGCCAGAAUGUGCCUGAACCAGUGCGAGAAAAGACACCAGAACCUUCUGUGCCUAAUGUAACCGUAGAUCCCCAACAACCAGACAUCACUGAAGACAUCGGAGAGGAACCUACUGAAGAAAUCGAGCAGAUAUUUAGAGGUAUAAAGAUCGAGGUGCAGGGGCUGGACGAGGAGGCGGUGUGCGAGCUGGGCGCGGAGGUGGCGGCGGCGGGCGGCGUGCUGGCGGGCGCGGGCGCGGGGGGCCGCUACGCGCUCGUGCCGCUCGACUUCGACCCGGCCGACCUCGCCACACCCACCGCCGAGCCCGUCACCGUCUUCUGGGUGAAAGACUGCUUGUGCCAGCAAGAGCUGGUGCCGGUGCAGUACUACCACCGGCCGGUGCGGCUGCCGCAGUGGAGCGGGGCGGGCCCGCUGCACGGCGUGGUGGCCAGCCUCAGCACCUACAGCGGCGUCGAGCGCGCCUUCCUCGACGAGCUGGCCAAGCUGCUCGGCGCCACUACUCAACUGCGUUUCUGCCGCCGUAACACGGCGAACGCCCUGGCGUCCACGCACUUGAUCUGCCCGACGGCCGCGGGGGACAAGUACGCCGGCGCUGUGAAGUGGCAGCUGCCCGCAGUGAAGGCUUCGUGGCUGCUCGCCUGCGCUGAAGAAGGACGACGCGUCAGCGAAAAGGACCACCUCGUUGGCGAUACCAAAGCUCCACCAACUCCAGAGAAUUCCCCGACCAAAGAGCAAGCUGAACCCGCUGCGCCAAUACACGAACAAACCGUUCCGGUAACAGACAAGGAGAACGCAAUGUUGCCACCCGCGGAUUCUGAAGUUCGACGCAGGCUAUCCGCGCUAAGCAGAGAAGAUACGCCAAAGGCUAAAGGAAAUGAUGGGGACGACAUGUCGCCAGCGUCAAGAUAUAUAGCGAUGGCGCGGCAAGGUUUACUUGGUUGCGAUUCUCAAGAGACGCCCGAAAGAAGAGAAAUGAAGAGGUUGCAAGAACUGAAAGACCAAGCUAGGCCAGGCGAGGAGGCGUUGCGCACGCCGCGAGUGGACGAGGCGCUGUCGUCGCCCAACCUGGUGGGCUUCAGCCCCGCCUCGCGCCGCCGCCUGCGCGCGCUGCGCCGCGGCGACCCGCCCUCCGGCCCCGUGCGCACGCCCGCCGACCCGUUCGAGAAAAACCCUGAAACCCCGGAUAGUGCGUUCGGUACUGCCUUGCGGCCCGGUUCCGGUCGACUGUCCCCGGACUCGCGGAAACGACUGUGGAAGGUCGUCAACGAACUGCCGCCUAAACAGCAGGAACCUACAAGAGAGCAACACACUCCACUUUCGGAGAUUAAGAACCGUUUCCUGGCUCAGUUCAACUCGGACGCACCCACGCCGCCUUCGGACCGCCCGGCCGCACCGAGGAAGCUGCACUUACAAGAUCAACCUGAAACCCCGGCACCGAAAAUGGCAAAGUUAUCAGUUGAACAGGGCGUUGGCAGUGUCGCGUCAGAACCAGACGAUAGUGGAAAAUGUGAAUCGAACGUUUCAAGCGCUAGCAAAACCCUCCCAGCCGCGGUGGAUGCUCAGUUACAGCGCUUAAACGCUGCUUUAAGCAAUCGACUUAGCUCUCAGAGAGCGAAACGAUCGAGGAGGGACUCCGUUAGUGUUACUCCGGCAUCAGGUCCGGACUCGGAGCCGGGCCCCCUGUCGCAGCCUAAUACUGUGGGUUGGGACGACACCGCGGCCGAGCAACAACCCGUGGAGGAGAAGAAACCGGAGAUAAAACGAUUCAUGCUGUCUUCUAAUGUAGAUAAUCGCGAGGAGAUAACGUCUAUGAUCCUACACCUGGGCGGCGUAGUUUCCGAAGGCGCUGAGCUGGACCCCCUCGCGACUCAUCUGCUGUGUGCGGCGCCGGGCCGCAGCGAGAAGAUGCUGGGCUCCGUGGCGGCCGGGCGCUGGGUGCUGCACCCUGCGUACGUGGCGCGCAGCAGGGCGGCCGGCACCUUCCUGCAGGAAGAAGAGUUUGAAUGGGGCAACCCGCGCGCCAGCUGCCUGCCGGCAGUGUCCGGGGCGGAGAGGAGCCUGGCGCAGGCCGCGUACCGCUGGCGGGCGUGCCGCGUGGCGGGGCGGCCGGGCCCGUUCGCGGGCGUGGUGGCGCUGCUGCACGUGCCCGCCGCCAGGAGGCGCCUGCUGGCGCGCCUCGUGCACGCCGGCGACGGACUGGCCCCCGACGACGAGCCUCCAUACAACAAUGAAAACAUUACGGUCUGCUUCGCUGAUAUCAAGCGUUAUCCACUAUCAGAGAGGGACUCUACCUGGCUCAAAUCAAGGAAGAUUCCCGUUUGCCCACCAGUCCUUCUCAGUUCCUAUCUAACCGAAGAAACCAGACCGAACCCGGAACAGCACUGCUUACCUGAAUUUAGAACUAAAUAG